GCAUUAAUAAACCUCUGUUGUUCUGUUAGGGCUUUCCAGAGGAGAAGCAGAGGAGGAAGUAAAGCUUUGCGCAAAAACCCGCGAGAAUCCACACCCACCCAAGUUUCUUUAGGCAAAUCUACAAUGGCGGACGACGACUAUAAUGACAUGGAUAUGGGAUAUGAGGAUGAGCCACCAGAGCCUGAGAUUGAAGAAGGAGCCGAGGAAGAUUUGGAAAACAAUAACAAUGAUGAUGUUCCUGUGGAACCUAUUGAAACUGAGGAAAAAGAAGAGCAGGGUUCUAAGGACAAAAUUCGCAAAACCUCAAAGUACAUGACCAAAUAUGAGCGUGCUAGAAUCUUGGGUACUCGUGCCCUGCAGAUCAGCAUGAAUGCUCCUGUUAUGGUUGAGUUGGAGGGUGAGACUGACCCACUUGAGAUCGCCAUGAAGGAGCUUCGAGAGCGGAAAAUACCCUUCACCAUCCGGCGCUACUUGCCCGAUGGAAGUUAUGAGGAUUGGGGAGUUGAUGAGUUGAUUGUGGAAGACUCAUGGAAGAGACAGGUUGGAGGUGAUUGAUUGCCAGUUAUUUGUUGUUGGAGGAAUAGGAAUGUGCUCUUAGUUUCUAGAUUGGGUGUGUAAUUGUGGUAUGGAAGAGUUGUAACUCUUGGAUUUUUUCUGUAAAUGUAAAAAGACUAUUUGCAUGAUCCCUCGAGCUAUACUAGUAGACUGAUUUAAAUACCUGCUCUGCCUUUGACUUCCAACAAAAUGAAUGUGGCUUUAAAUGGCCUUCGGAGUA